AUGACAAUCUCCCCGCCACUCUACCCAGAGGAGACAGAAGGCAAAGAGCAAUACACCGCCGUCGAAUGCCACUGCUCCCACUGCGAACGACAAGGCGCCAUUUCAGCCCACCCGAAGGUCAAGAACAUCGAGUUCACGCAAGGCCUCGAGCACAAAGGGGAGUACCUGAUGGGUCCGAAGAAGAACCCGCAUUGGUAUUGCACGAAGUGUCAUUGCUUUCUGGCGACUGAUUUGAGUUGGAUUAUGGAGAAUGUUUUCAAGGAUGAGAAUCGGAUGACUAUAAAUUUGCGGAUGUUGAAGGACUGCGAUCUGAGCAAGAUCCAGCGCAAGCAGCUCUACUUCAUGAAGGACGCGCCGCCAAAGUAUGAGAUCUCAUGA